AUGCGCCCUGGUCUUGGUGUCCAUUUCAACUCGCUGCACGAGUUUUCUUACGACACGGGCGAAUGGCGCGUCGUCCAUCCCGGCUGUCAUGAUUACGAUACACAUAUCCAGGGCCUACCACGCCCACGUCGUCACGCUUCAAUUGUUGUACAUGGCAAAUCCGUCUUUGUUUAUGGAGGCUUCAGCGUUGAAGGCACCGUCAUUUCGGAUUUGUGGGAGUAUAAACUCGAGUCUAACACCUGGCUUCGUCUUCCCACCCCAGCCGCUUCUCCCGCCAACGACCGCUACUACCAUCCCCAGGAUACGAGCAAUAAGAAGCCAGCCGUUCCAGUGGGGCGAGCUGAGCACACUGCUGUCACCUAUGGUAACAAGAUGGUUGUCUUUGGUGGUUACGACGGAAAGAGGAAACUCAACGAUAUCUACGUCUUCGAUUUUGUUACCCAGCGCUGGUCCCGACCAGCGAUUGCUGAGCACAACGCCCCUAGCCGUCGCUGCAAGCAUUCCGCUGUUCUAUACAAGAAGCGCAUGUACAUAACUGGCGGCUUUCAGUACAAGGAAGGCGACAAUUAUGCGCUCACCGAUAUGCACGCCCUUGACCUUGACACCUUUGUCUGGAGCCCCAUUCUCAUGGGAAAUUCUUGUCCCGAUGCUCUGCAGGGCCACAAGGCUGUCGUAUGCGGCGAUAGCAUGUACGUGCUUGGCGGAAAGGUCCGACAACGACUACGUGGCCACCCACCCCAUCAUUCCAACUUCCCAUCGACUAUGCAGAUGCCGAUGCCCUUGAGGGACGGCAACAAUCCCCAAAGCAUGUCUAUGAUGGGACCUCCUGCCCAACCUGUAACUAUGGAUUUGGGUUAUGUCGCGCGACCAGGCGCCCCGGAUAAUCGCAGCUCUGGUUUGAACAAUGUUGUUUUUCGUUACAUAUUCGAUGCGAACAAGUGGGAAAUUCUUGAAACCAGCGGACAUCCGCCGGCGCCACGGCAACUUCAUGCUGCCGUCGCCCUGCCGACUGGUGGUGGACGCGGCUCGAUUUUUGUCUUCGGUGGUACGGACCGCUCGAAGCAACGCUUCUUCAAUGACCUUGCUGAGUUGCGAGGUGUCCGCAUCACUUCAGACGCUUUUGCGCCUCCUUGCCAAGCAUGCUCAUCAUACAAUAUCCUCCUGGACAGCAACAUUUUUUCGGAUGUCUAUUUCGUUGUGGAAGGGCGCACAAUUCACGCCCAUCGUGCAAUCCUUUACGCAAGGUCUGAGUACUUUCGAAACAUGUUCGAUUCGAGAAUGCGAGAAUCGAUACAAACAGAGAUCGUAAUUCCGGAGGUGUCGUACGAAGUUUUUCGCGGGGUGUUAGAAUAUUUGUAUGCAGGAAAAGUGAAAGUCACACACGGUAAGCUUGCCCUUGACUUGCUCAAAGCAGCAGAUAUGUUCCGAAUUGAGGGCUUGAGAAAUCUCUGUGUCGAAAAAGUCGAGCAAGCCGUUACUGUUGACAAUGCCGCUUUCGUCUGUCAAGUCGCAGAUACCCACAACGCGCAGCAUUUGAAGGUUUUCUGCAUCACCUUCAUUAUGCAGAACUUCAAAGAAAUUAUCAAGUCGGAAUCGUUUCAAACUCUCAUGAGACAAGACCCAGGUGGCCUGGGCCACGAAAUUCUCGAAGCUUAUUCUGAAAAUAGUCCAUACUCAUCCGGCUCGAAAAGAGCGCGCAAGUGAUUAGUUUACAUGAUGCCCACUUACUACGUAUAUCCUGAGUGCAUUUCAUCGGCCUAAUUUAGCAACUUAAUCACUCGCUUACGAGUUGGACGUCGAGUUCGCUUCUUGGGUGCAGUGGUCCUGUAUCGCAGUGCAAGAUUCCGCGAUGUGAUGGGCGGGGAUAUAUCGUCGUCUUCUGAGAUACAUAUGACUUCCAACCCUGUGCCGGACACAGUUGGUUGAGUUGUGCGUGACGAUUCCUUACGACUGCCCCGAGAACGGCUGCUUUUCCCCCGUCCUUUCUUUCCCUGUACAUAAACUAAAUCAAUAUCAGAGUCAGAGUUACUACA